CACCGAUGGAGUGGAGGGAGUGAUGAUGGUUCAGGUCGGCAGAUGACCCAUUUGCAGCGCCGCAGGCAGAGCAGCGGGCCUCCCGUCGGCGGCGCUGCGCUCCCGAGUCAAGCGAAGCGAGGCGAGGCGGGUCUCCCACUGGGCCCCGAAACUACCCCUCCGCAGUCCGCACCGCUCCACUUGCUGCCGCGCUCCCCUCCCCUCUUCCGUGCGCGUCCCGUCCACCGCGCCCUCCCCCUGUUCGCCCUCCCCUCCCCACCGCUUACGCCACGCCGAAAUCACCCCGCCGCCGCCGCGGCGCCCGUCCAUGCGCUCCUCCCCCCACAAUUGACCCACCCGACAGGCCCCCCAUCCGCCCCUCCCCCAUGGAUCGCACCAUCAGCAGCAGCAGCAGCGCCACCACGGCGGCCAGCCAGAACCCGCACCUCGGCGUCAACAAGCUCGGCCGCAGCAUCCGCAAGGCCACACCGCCGCCGCCGCCGCAGCAGCAGCAGCCCGCCGCCCGCCCGCCGCAGCCCCAGCCGCAGGUCUACAACAUCAGCAAGAACCAGUUCCGCGACAUCGUCCAGCAGCUCACCGCCGGCACCCCGUCCCCGUCGCCCCCGCCGCCGGCGCAGCCCCGGCCUCAGUACCACCCCCACCCCCACCGCCCGCCGCCGCCGCAGUCGCAGCCCAAGCCGCCCUCCAUGCGCCUCCAGAGGAUCCGCCCGCCCCCAAUCGCCACCCCCGUCGCGCGCCCCCCGCCCGUCCACCCCAACCACCACGCCGUGCCCCCCAACCCUAACCACAGCAACCCCGUCUUCCACCGCCCGCCGCCGCCGCAGCCCCAGCCCCAGCAGCACAUGCCCGCGCCCGGCCCCGCCUGGGCCGACUCCCCGGUCUCCGCGUACAUGCGCAUCCUUGAGAACUCCCUCUUCAGCGCAACCCCACCGGGCGCGGCGGCAGCCGCAGCGGCGGCCGCGGCUGCAGCUGCGGGACAGGCGCCUCCGCCGGCACACCCUCACCCCCAUCCUUCGCAUCCUCACCCCCCUCCUCCGCCGCCCGUGCCCUCUCCCGGGAUACUCCUUUCCCCGAGCGGCUUUCUCAACCUGCUCUCGCCGACGCCCAGGUCGCCCUACCCGCUACUCUCGCCAGGGUUUCAGCACCCGCCGCCGCUCACGCCCAACUUCCCCGCGCUCUCACCGCUGCCGGGGACGGGCAUCCUUGGGCCAGGGCCCAUGCCGCCGCCGUCGCCGGGGCUCUGGUUCCCGCAGUCGCCGUCAGGGCUCCUUUCGCCAUCGGGGUUCAUGCCGAUCCUCAGCCCAAGGUGGAGAGAUAUGUAGCAAGGGUGCCUCCCCCUCCGCAGCAGCUGCCCCUGUGAAGCAAGGCGGCCGUGUAACAUUUGACGGUAGGGACAUAGCCACGGUGAGGUCAGUGGGGUCGUCGGCCGGAGUUGGCUGGAGGAAGACACAGGAUACUUUUCACGGCAUCUGCAUUCAUGAUACGGUCGUACCGCAUUGAAAGAAACUCUGAACUGUGGUGCUCAUCUUUGCCAAUCGUUCUGCUGAUGUGCACAUGCACUGUAAUGUGAUGGCAGACGUCAGGCCUAAGAUCUAACGUUCGGUGUUACACCACUUCGCCGUUCUUGCUGCUGGAAAGGAAAGUUAUGUUAUUUAGUUAGCUACUUACCUUAGCUUCGGUCCAGAAAGAAAAUACUAUAUUCCCUUUUUUCUAAAAAAAACACUAGCGGUUUGUACAUGUCAUUGCUGCUGAUGUGCGCUUUCUUGCUGUGUCUGGUUUCUAUUGGGGGGCCUAUGGAUUCCGGAUAGUUUACCAAAGCGCUUUUCAGUUUGCUACAACGUAUGCUUCUCCUAUUGUUGUUAAUAAUUGCUAGUUUUAUACCUGUAUGAACUCUGAACUUUCCAGGGGUUUGCUGAUUGCCAGGCAUGUUCUCCAUGCCUGUCACCUCGGUUGACUUAGAAGCAUUGAGAACGGUAUGGAUAUGCUUGAAGUAUUCUCCAGACUAUCAUUGAAUACUAGCAGCAAUCAACCGUAAGCUGCACCAUUUCCUUGUUUUA